GUGAGAUCAUCCGGACGAGUUAUCACGGGUUUGCACCGGCGUUGCAGUUAGUUACUGACACUGACAGCUACUCUGCCUUGACACACGUUAUGGCUUCCGGAACAGCUUUCGCUGCCAGAGGAGGUCGUCAUUUUUACAAGAGCGGGCCCAGGAACCAAGGCAGGAACAACAACGCAUCAAAGCCUUCACCGACCCACUUCCUCUGUCUUCCAAUUGGACAUCAUGUCCGUUUGCAAGAGGCCGUUUCGUCAUUUACGGACGGAUUACUGCAAUGCACGCCUGCGUUGCCUGGUCUUGAUCGCUCCAUCGUGAUUGCCCCUCGCCGUCUGCAUCUUACACUAGGGGUCAUGACCCUGGAUGAUGGCACUUCAGCAAACUUCAGCAAUGAGUCUGCGCCGACAACGUCCAAGACUCUUCAAGAUGCGCUCUCUUUAUUGCUCUCUUUGAAACCGCGUAUCAUGGAGUUGCUGUCAGGGAGUCGUCUGUGUGUACCUCUCCAUAGGAUGAACAUCAUGGAGCCCGACGGUGGCGAUCCCGACAAUGCACAUGUUCUGUGGUUGGGACCCUCGCACGGCAGCGAAGACGCUCGUCGGCUGCAAAGGAUUGGCGAUAUAGUGAGCACGACGUUUAGGGAGGCAGGGUUCAUUUCGGAACGGCGCCCACUCAAGUUACAUUGCACUGUCCUAAACACGAUUUACCGCAAGCCAAGGCCCAGGGGUCCCCGGCAACCAUUCUCAUACCGAGCACUGGUCAUGUCUGCCGCUGCACGCCCGUUUUUCCCUGCGCCGGCCCAAUUUCGCGAUGCGAUUGAGGUUGAUUUUGGUACGUGGGAUGUGGAAGAGAUACAGCUGUGUAAGAUGGGAAGCUAUGGACGCGAUGGGGAGUAUGUUAGUUGUGGUGGCUUUUCGUUAUUAUCAUGAGACACGCUAUCAUAUUUAGGUUGGAUGUGAGCCCCUGUCUUGUUUGCCAAGCAAG